AUGACCGGCGGUGGAGGUGAUGCUCCAUCGAUGCCGCCGGCGACUGAUGGCGGCGAAUUUCUACUCUCUCUACUCCAAAGAGCUAACCAACAUCCUCCACCACAACCACCAUCGCAGCAGCAGCAGCCAUCUCAAUGUCCUCCUCAAUUCUCUCCUUUUAUCACUCCACAAUUACAAAAUCAAAAUCAGCAUCAGCAUCAGCCUCAGCCUCUCGGUUUUGAUCCUGCAGUUGCAGCAGUAGGCCCCAGUCUACCCUUACUGCCUCAUCAAUUGUUGCAAUCCAACGGCCGUGAUCUUCUCUCUAGUUCUCCUCCUCUUUGGCCCCACAAUCUCGGCUUUCCACAGAAAAACCAUGCUUUUCCUCACCCCCACCCCCAUGGAAAUCAAUUCCAAGGAAAUCAAUAUUUAGCAGAUGAUUUGCAAAGGUUGGGGUUUUCAAAUACGGAGAUCAGAGCUAAUAACAACAACAAUAAUAAUAACAACAACAACAAUUUGAUUCAGCAUCUGCUUCAACAAAAGCAACAGUUAGAGCAAAAGCUACAGUUUGGUUCGUUUUCGAGUGAAAUUCAAAGCCCCGCUGAGGGUUUAGUGAAUGCGAAUUUGAAGCGAGAAGUAGGAUUAGGGAGCAGAAAUUUAAACGGGUUGGAAAGGAAUCGGCAUCUCGAGAAGCAACCAAACUCGCAUUCGAGGAAUUUUGAAGUGCGACAGCCAGGAGGCAGCAGUGGAGGGUGGGGAAACCAGCACCAAAACCAACACCUGCACCAGGAACAGCACCAAAAUUAUAGGUCUCCGCCUCCGGGUUUUUCGAAUAAGCCUAGAGGUGGAGGGGGAGGAAGAGGGAAUUGGGAUUAUCGAAGUAGGAGGAGAGCAUUGGAGCAUAAUAUGAACAGGGAAAAGGGAGAUUGUAGUGAAUUGAAUAAUGAGAAAGCGAGGAGAGGUGAGGGGUCAGUUGAGUUGGGGCUUGCGAGAAAGCUUGAUCGUCCAGGUCCACCUGCUGGGAGUAAUCUGCAUUCGGUUAUGGGUUCGGACAUUGAGGAGUCUCUGAUCAAUUUGGAUGAACAUGGAAAAGAUGAUGGAGGGGAUUUGGAUGAUCUUGGUGAAGAGCUGGUGGAUUCUUUGUUGCUUGAGGGUGAAUCUGAUGGCAAGAAAGACAAGAAGCAAAGUAGCAAGGAGUCUAGAUCAGAUAACAGGGGACAAAAGAUACUUAGUCAGAGGAUGAGAAUGCUUAAAAGGCAAGUGCAAUGUCGUUUAGAUAUUGACCGACUAAAUGCUGCAUUUCUUGCAAUCUAUGAGUCACUGAUACCGCCAGAAGAAGAAACGGUGAAGCAGAAGCAAUUUCUGAUGUUAUUGGAGAAACUAGUCAACAAGGAAUGGCCUGAAGCACGAUUAUACUUGUAUGGCUCAUGUGCGAAUUCAUUUGGAGUUUCAAAGAGUGAUAUAGAUGUUUGCCUUGCAAUUGAGGAUGCUGAGAUUAACAAGGCCGAGGUCUUGUUAAAGUUGGCAGAUAUAUUGCAGUCGGAUAACCUCCAGAACGUGCAGGCAUUGACUCGUGCUAGGGUUCCCAUAGUAAAGCUUAUGGAUCCGGUAACUGGCAUCUCUUGUGACAUAUGCAUAAACAACGUUUUGGCUGUUGUGAAUACAAAGCUACUUCGGGAUUAUGCGCAAAUAGAUGUGAGAUUGCGGCAGUUAGCGUUUAUAGUGAAACACUGGGCCAAGUCAAGAGGAGUAAAUGCAACUUACCAAGGGACCCUAUCUAGCUACGCCGAGGCUAAGGGGAUGUUGGGUUCUUUGCUUUGGUUUAUGAAGUGCAUUCCUGCUAUAUCGUUGUAUCCGAUUACUCUUCAAAGAGCAACUUAUUCUUCCCGAAAUAAGUUCACUGAAUCAGAAAUGGGAACGACAUACUCUGCCACUGUAGAUGAUAUUCGAUGUGCUUACUUUGAUCAAGUUGAAAAACUACGUGGUUUUGGAUCUCGGAACAAGGAAACAAUUGCUCAGUUAGUGUGGGCUUUUUUCAAUUAUUGGGCAUAUUGUCAUGAUUAUGCAAAUGCUGUUAUAUCCGUUCGGACAGGAAGCAUCCUCAGCAAACGGGAAAAGGACUGGACAAGGAGGAUUGGGAAUGAUCGUCAUUUGAUAUGCAUAGAGGACCCCUUUGAGAUAUCUCAUGACCUGGGUAGAGUUGUGGAUAAAUUCAGCAUAAAAGUUCUGAGAGAGGAGUUCGAACGAGCAGCAGAUAUCAUGCAGUAUGAUCCAAAUCCCUGUGUAAUGCUUUUUGAACCCUAUAUCUUCUUCUAUUCUGUCCCUGGUAUAGAACUUCUAGUUUUCAGAAUUCUUCAAAUUGUAAGUUUAGGUUUCGACAGUCGGCUGAAAGGCAGCCUAUUACUCCCUGAGAUGGACUCCAAGAGGCUCCAACCAUCCCAGAAAGUUGGAAUUGAGGGAGGGAAGUAA